AUGUCUCUCUUUUUCUUGAUUGCAGCCAGAAGUUAUAUUGGCAUCAAACAUAGAAUAAAGAGAUGUGAAAAAGUACGAGGAAUGUGUAAGACCCUCUGUGAUAUUGAUGAGUAUGAUUAUGGAUACUGUAUCAGAUGGAGGAACCAGUGCUGCAUUUAA